ACAGAUUUCUAAAAGUGUAUACCGGUAUACCGAAAUCGCGAUUUUGAAUUUGAUUUGAAUAAGUCGAUAGUCGACAAGAUGGCACAGAGACCUCCCCACAAUUUCACCGUUCUUCUACUGCGGAAGAAGGUACACACGAAAAGGGUGCCGAUAGCAAAAAGUAUUGAGGAGUUUUGCCGCAAUAAUCCGGACAAAACUCCGCUGAUUCUCGUCGAUCUGAUGCACAUUGAUCAGAUUCAAUUUGGAGAUCGCAAUGAAACCCGCUACCGGGACGUUUGCGGGCCCAAUUUGGGCCAGGUGGAGUCUUUCGAAUCCGUGUUCCGAUUCCUACAAAGCCGGCAGUGCCGGUUGGUGUUUUUCGUAGACGGUCCCGACAACCGUGACUUGCACGAGGCACAGUUUAGCGCGUAUUGGACUUGCCGCAAGGAUGAGCGUUACGGGCGGGACAUGGCGCUGAUCGAUGCACUGUUGGAACGGGAUGGAGAUUAUAGAGAGGGUUUGAAAGGCUUUCGACACAUUCCAACGGACCGGAUCCUGUUCGAUUCGAUUGUUUCGACGGCCAAGCAGUAUGGGGAUGUUGUUCACGGUUUGGAGAAUUCGCGUUUGAUGGAAAUGGCGCGAUACGUCGUUGACCAUCCGGAAACGCUGGCCGUGCUGGGCAAAUCCAGUUCGGUUCUGUUGACGGCAGACUCUCGAGAGCUUAAACUGUGGUACUUGCCGGAGUUUAAUGCCGAAACAAUGAUGGUGACCGAGCUGGACUCGGGUAAAGUCUGGGACGAGAUGGGCCUGCAGUCCAAGGAGAAGCGUCUGCUCAUGGUGGCCUUGCUUCCGGGGUCCUACGUUGGCAGCCAUGCAGCGAGCGAAGAUGUUCAUAAAACACAUGCAGUUGUCAAGAAACUUCCGGAAGUCGUUCGAGAGGAGCAGUACAAAGAUGUCGUCAGAAAACUGUUUGCGCGAACUGGUACAACGUGGGAACAGCUUAAGCUGGCCUGUGAAUUGUACGAUGUGAAUCAAAUCACACCUUCGGAACAAACGGACGAACGCCUAACGAGCUUCGCGUACGACAUCACCCACAACCGGACGUCGAUCAUCACGGUCAUGCUGAACGAUUACCGUUACUGGACGGAGCGCAGCGUGGACUUUUACCAGCUGUUUGUCCGUUUCUACGGUCGGUUGGCCGGAGUUGUGCUGAAGCGAAGCGGUGCUCCUACGGAAGAAGCGGUGCAGCGAAGGAUUUUCAUCAAACGAUCGCACGAGGACAAGUUUAAGCACGAGAUGAUCGACGUUGAGUUUCCCGACUUUGAUUUCGAAAGGGAGGGCAAAGACGAUUCCGUUACGGAGACAACCUUGGCCUGCUUGAAGUUUAUUCUGGAUUUCGAGGACAUGACGGCGAUUAGAGCGUUUGCCGACGAGGACAAAAACCGCUGGAAGUUGCUGGACUACGUGACCGUUCAGUUCAUGAUCAAGGAGCAAAUGAUCUCGGAGACAUUGGCCGCCACGAUCAUGACAGCGGUGGAUACCUCCUCCAGCGAGACGCCGGCACUCGUCUCCCGACUCGAUCUGGACGCGUUCCACGCCACCUUCAUGUACGUCCGCUGGCGGCAGUACGUCCGCGAGGCGCUCGUCAACGCUGGCUUUCCGGAUGCGUACGUUGACGACAUGUGCCGCCUGGACGGUUCUCGGUUGCAACUGUUGGUCCAGCAAGGCGGUUCGGAUGCAGGGCAGAACGCGCCAUCGUAACGAUCUACAAUCUACGAGGUUUAUUUUCAUCCAAUAAAAUCAAAUCGAAUUUGACGCG